AAAACGAUCCUCAGGCACUUAAUGAAAAAUUAAAAAACUAUAUUACAAGCCGUGAAUUUUGGGCUAAUAUUGAAUGUCUUCAUAAAGUUCUUGAACCUGUUAAAACUGCUGUUAAAACCGUUGAAUCAUUAAAGUUACAAGGUGAAGGAGAAAAUAGCGCACGAGAAUUAGUUGCACAAAUUCAUAAUUAUGAUCUUCAAAAGCCUCCAUAUGAUUCUCUUUUUCAAGAUCAUCUUGAACUUCCAGAAACUUGGUGGAAAGCAUGCAAACAACCAUAUCAUCAUCUUCAAAAACUUGCCUUGCUAUUUCUCGCAAUUACUCCUCAUAAUGCAGGGUGUGAGUGUGUUUUUUUAAUUUUAAAUUGGUUUACUCAAAAACGUACCAUUAUGUUUGAAGAAGACAUUCAAUCUGAUUCUGAAGAUGAUUCUGAAAUUAACUUAGAAGACUCUGUUACUAAUGAUUUAUCUAAAGUCAAUUCUAAUACAUUAAAUAUUGAAAAUAGUGUUAAUUUGGAAUAUACUUUGAUUAAUACAGAUCAACCUAUAAUUCUAGAUGAAGCUAUUGAUCACGAUAAAAAAGAUUUUGACAUUGAUGCACUUACUAAUCAAGUAAUGCAGAUGUGA